AUGGCCUCGUUAUUUUCUAGGGGGAAGCACAAGGCCGACAAGAGAGCCACAAGUGACGAGGGCCGCAACUUGGCUGUGAACCAGCAGCUUGACACAGGCAGUUCAACAGGCUCGCGCUCCUCGCGCCACAACCGGGACUCUUCGGUGGUAUCCGUCGACCGUCCCAACUCGGCCGAGGGAGUCGGCAUCAACGAGGUGGCAGGCGUCUUCUCGACGAUACCUUACGACAGUACCGCCAACGGCCGCCGUUCCCCCGUGCCCGUCGAAUACCUGCCCAAACCCGACCAGCUGCCCGUCCGGAGAGACCCACUGCCGCAUCAAUUGAACAAGGCCACUGCCGACUUCCACCAGUAUCCAAGAGGCCUUUCACCUACGAGUCCCGGCGAUGCGUUCUACUUCCCCAAGCCCGAAGACCGGUUGAUCGACGACAUGUUCCUCCAGUUGAUGCAGAAACGCGGUUGGCAUAACCUCCCGGAACAGGCCCAGCGCCAGAUGCUCGCAUAUCCCUCCGCAAAGAAAUGGACACUUAUUUACCAGGAUAGGCUCACCGAGUGGCAAGGCGAACAGAAGAGAAGAACCACCGCGAAACCCGGACAAUACCAAACCUUUGAUGUCGCCGCCUCUGCUGCCGAGGAGGGCAGCCCUGAAUGGUACGUUAGGAAGGUCAUGGAUAACAGCCUCGACACAAAGGGACUUGGAAGUUUGGAGGUCAAUUUGAGAACACAACAGAUCGGCUGGGUCAAGCGAUUUAUCGAGUGUCAAGGACAAGUCGCCCUCACCAACGUUCUUAUGAAGCUCAACCGGAAACAGGCUGUUGGGCCGGCGGCACCCGAGACCAAGAACGACACCAAAAACCUUGACCGCGAGUAUGAUAUUGUAAAAUGUUUAAAGGCACUGAUGAACAACAAGUUCGGCGCCGACGAUGCACUGGCGCAUCAGCAAGUUAUCGUGGCCUUGGGCACAUCCCUUAUAUCUCCAAGGUUGAGUACGCGAAAGCUGGUCAGCGAAGUCUUGACCUUCCUGUGUCACUGGGGCGAUGGCGACGGCCAUGUCAAGGUCAUCCAGGCCAUGGAUGUUGUCAAAAACCAACAAAACGAGAAUGGGCGAUUCGACGCCUGGAUGCGCCUGGUCGAGGUCACUGUCGACGGCCGAGGCAAGAUGGGCAGUCUGGUUGGUGCGAGCGAAGAGGUUCGAAGCGGUGGUAUCGGCAUGGAGAAUCUGCUGAUGGAAUACGCCGUCGCAACACUCAUCCUCGUCAACAUGAUCAUCGACGCCCCCGAGAAUGACCUGCAGUUGCGGAUGCACAUCCGGGCCCAAUUCGGGGCUUGCGGCAUCAAGCGCAUCCUCACCAAGAUGGAGGCGUUCCAGUACGACCUCAUUGACAAGCAGAUCGAGCGGUACCGCAACAACGAAGCCAUCGACUACGAGGACAUGCUCGAGAGGGAGAAUAGCAGCAUCAAGGAUAGUAUCGAAGGUGAGGUUAAGGACCUCAACGACCCUGUCCAGAUCGCGGAUGCCAUCCAGUCGAGACUGCAGGGCACCAAGACGCAAGACUAUUUCAUCUCGGCGCUGCAGCAUCUGCUCCUCAUAAGAGAGGGCGAUGGCGAGGAGAGGCUGAGGAUGUUCCAGCUUGUUGACUCGAUGCUAAGCUACGUGGCCAUGGACCGGCGGCUGCCGGAUAUGGACCUCAAGCAGAGCCUGAAUUUCACCGUGCAGAGUCUCUUGGACAAGCUUCACACGGACUCCGAGGCUCGCCAAGCCCUUGAUGAGGCCCUCGAGGGUCGGCAAAUAGCUGAGGCCGCCAUGGCCGAGAGGGACGAGAUGAAGGCGCAGCUGGAGCUGGGCGCUGAUGGGCUUGUCGCGAAGCUCCAGAAGCAACUGGAUGAGCAGGCAAGGUUCAUUGAGGCGCAGAGGAGGCAAGCCGAUACUCUGAAGUCCGAGCUCGAAAACAUCCAAAACCUGCGGGCAAAGGAGGCCCAACGGUAUGAGCUCGAGACUCGUGAACUCUACCUCAUGCUCCGAGAUGCCCAAGACGUAGCAGCCUCGAACGCUGCUAAGGGUGGCAGUAACGGAACGGAGGACCCAGCCCGUAUGCAAGGUAUUUUGGACCGUGAGAGGCUCAUGGACCGUCUGGCCAUGCAAAUCGAGCGGCAGAAGACUCAGUACAAGCUGGAAGGCAGGAAAUGGGGCGAGGACGCUGGGCCAUCCGACCGGUUGCGGGCGUUGCGUGAGGAGAUGGAGGGCUAUGGCGCGGCAGGCGCAGGCCUUGGUGUACCAACUGACCCCAACGACUUUACUCACAGCGUGCUCGGAAGUGUGAAUCGCAACACUAGGAUGAACCGUAAGCGCGAGUCCCAGGAUGACUUCGGUGACGAGGGCGAAGACGAAGACGUCGUCUACGAGAAACCCACGCUCGUCGAACUACGCCGGCCACGCAUGGAUCCCAAGCAGGCUAGUGGCCUGAUGGGUGAGAUCAAGGGCACGGUCAAGAGAUACGAUGGCAGCGACUCCGAGGGUGAACAAGACGCGACAACAGGCCCGUCCCAUCCUAGCUUUGAGACGCAGUCACCCAUCACGCCCAGCGAUGACACGCCCAAGAUCCAGAUCACCGCGCAAAUGGACCUCCCCCACCGCCACCGCCUCCACCGCCCAUGCCAGGUCAGAUCCCAGGUGUUGGUCCCCCGCCGCCUCCUCCUCCACCGCCGCCACCGAUGCCAGGACAACUUCCUGGCGCUGGUCCUCCACCGCCUCCACCACCUCCUCCGAUGCCAGGAAGUGGCGGGCCACCACCACCGCCUCCGCCCCCUCCUCCCCCAGGCAUGA